GACGUCCGGUUAUGGUAUCUCCUUCUAUAUAUGGCAAGUCUUGGCUAAAGCUCAUAGCCACCUGCGCAGCGUUCGGUGUGACUCCAGAAAGGCUGUCCCUCAGCUAUAUAAGUCGGGCACUUUCAGUCGAUCCCCCAUCAAAACAUGUCUUCCAACAACCUUCAAGUAAAGCUUACUUGCCCUCCCAGCGGUCCCACCCGCAGGAUUGUCUUCACCGAAUUACCCUCCUGGGCUGAGCUCUCCGCCCGCAUUGAGUCCUUGUACGACAUUCCCCAACGCGAUAUCGCCGUCUCGUAUGUCGACAACGAGGAAGAUGAGAUUACGCUGAACUCUGACGAGGAGCUGCAGGACCUCUACCGCACCCUCCUCGCUCCCGAUGAGAAUAAGGAGCGGUUGAUUCGCUUCAACGUCCGUGAGCUGCGCAUACGCGAUGAGGAGUCCGAGGAUGGCGACGUCGAUCCCACUGUCGCCCUCGCCAGUGCCGUUGCUACGCUCAUCGCGUCGAUCACUGCUGUCAUCGUCUCGCACCCUGAGAUCGCAGAGGGCGUUCGCAACAACGCCCAACGUCCUUUUGGCUGCAGCGUCCUUAGUCCCUCCGGCCCUCCGCCGUUCUUUUUUUCUGGUCACCACAAAGGUCAUCAUGGCCGUGGUUUUGGCAUGCAUUCCAAGCUGCCCGGUGCCCACUAUUUCGACCGCUUUUACACUCGCGGACGUGGCCACCAUGGCGGACGUGGAGGCUAUAUGAACCGGGGCAGAGGAGGUGCGUGGGUUCAUCGCGGUUAUCCUGGCGAUGAAUUCCGUGCGCCUUCUCGUUCAGGCCAUCACGGGCCCCCUCCUCCCGGCUCCCCACCGGGUGGUGGUGAGUAUUCCCAUCCUCUGCCGCCGCACGGCCCUGACCCUCAAGGCCCUCCUUCAGGCUCGCCGUCGCAGUCCCCAACACCCGACGAGCACCCCCCUCAUACUCCCGGCGCACACCACCGCGGCCGAAUCGGCGACGAUUCGUCCUUCAACCGCCGCGGCGUUCAUUCAUCCUUCGGCAGGGGUAGAGGCUCUGGCUUCCGCCCUCACGGCUCGCCACGUUUCUCGGAGAUGUGGAAAGAUCCUGAGGCGCGCUUCCGUGGCUUCUCGCCGCACGUCUUUGGUCGUGGCUCGCGCGGGGGACGGGGCUCGUGGGGCAACGUAUUUGGCGGCCAUGAGAGCCUGAGAGGAUUCGAUUUUGAGUUUUGAUUGAGAUAAGUGACUGCAAGUUUAAGAUGCGCUUAGGACGUAAGGCGCGAGAGAUAGGUUUGAGAUGAGAUAGCUAUUGUAGAGAAAAUAGAAAAGAAAACGCAUCGCACACCGGUGUAUAGGUACUGUAGGUUUAUCUUCGUUCGUAUACAUUUGGCUGUGCUUUGCAUUUGUCGAAACCAGAGUCGCCAGACGAGAUGGCUGACCCAAUUCGGGCCCCAGGGACCUGACUA